AUGGAAUUUAUUGAAUUCAAGCCAUUAUACGGUACAGAGACACGCACAAAAGCUGUGGAAUGCAUUUUAGAACCACUUAUUGCAAAGGUGAAGAGUUUUACACGGAACAGACACAUCACUGGAACUUACCAGCCCAAGUCCAAACCACAAGACGAGAUUCUAUCAAAGAUCAGAGAAGUUUUGAAAUCUAUAAGCGAUAACCUUAGCGUUGCUGAGAGUGUUCCAUCGCUGGUAUCCGACUUUUUAACUGCUAAGACAGACGUUCUUGAUACAGGAGAGUACUUUUGUUCCACAGUCUCUAAGUUCCUUUCUGACCCAGUGAGCACGUCGUACCAAGGUGACGUGUGUCGAGCCAUCAAUACCCUUAUUGCUGCUCUGAGUAGAUUACUUAUUUUGGCCGAUAUAGCUGACGGUCUGAUUCUCAACCAACAUUUUGAGGUUGUGCUUAGCGGAAUAACAGAAUUCCAAACGGUUGCAUCUCACCGAGAACUUAACCGAUUGUGGAAUAACUUUCACCCUCGUGUAUUACAACUUAUCAAUUUGUCAUGUAAACGCGCAGCUGAUUUAAUUGAUCCUGAAGACCGAAGAAGAAUUGAAUCUUCCAACUACAUAUUAAAAAACAAUACUCCAUUAUUAUAUACAUCUUGUAAAGUGUGUUUACGAUAUCCUGACCUCCCAAUCGCGCGUGACUCAAGAAGUUUUGUUUCGAAUUCCUUAUCGGAUUCAGUAGAGAUAAUUCAAUCAGUUUUCAAUGGAGUUCACAAAUCUAAUGGCAUUCGAUUACCAGCUUCUGGCAAACUUCUAGAAGCUCUAAAUGGGUUCGAAAAUAGUAUAUUUACUAAUCCAACAGAGAGAUCUACUGCUAAUGUUGGUGAAUUUCUUCAGUCUUCUUUGAGGAAACUUAUAUCACUAGUUUAUAAAUUGGUUGAUUCAUCUAAAAUCAGUUCAAAACGGCGUUCCACUGUCGAUGAACUUUGCAAUCAGCUUAAAAAUGUUACAUCCGAAUUAGUAUUGGCGUAUUCUAAGGAACCAGUCAAUAGUAGACAAGUGGAUGACAUUAUACAAAAGUUGUUAAAAACGACAAGUUCAUUAAAACAAUUACUUAUACGUUGUGCUAUUGAUUAUACUUCGAAUGCUUUCAUGACUAAAGAGGAAUGUUUAAUGGCGUUAAGUGAUGCAACUAAAUUCGGGUCUGAACACCGAAUAGAUGCUGCAUCUCAGCUAUUUCAGAAACGUUCUGUAUCUAUGAUAUCAUCAGCUUAUCAACUCUGUUCAUUAAGUAUGGAUGAAGAAUCGUCUAGUAAAAUUCAGUUAGCCUGUGAACAAAUGGAACAACUUGUACCUCAGGUUAUCAAUAUGGCUUAUUUACUAUUCAAAUAUCCUUCAUCUAAGUCUGUUGAAUCAAAUUAUGAAGCAUUUCGUAAGGCGUAUGAAGAAGCUGUGAAUUUAUUGUACACUUGCGUUAAUGAUUUAACUGGUAUGCAUGAUUUUCUAGCUGUCUCUGAUGAUCUAAUGAUGAUGGAAUAUCAAAAGUCAAUUCGUGCCUUAUCAGAUAAAGAUGAGUUGAACGUCCAACAGACAUCAACUUCAAUGCAACAGCGUUCAGCUUAUAUUUGUGAGAUGGUGUUGAAUAAAAUGAUUGCACGAACUGAAAAUACAGAAUAUGUAGAUCAAGUAAUGGAAAAAGUUACACUUAUACGUGAUCAAUAUACACCAGAUUUUGUGAAUACAGCCCGUAAUAUACUAAGUCGUCUGGCUGCUGGUCAAUCAAUCGAUGAAAAAGCCUAUCGUAAAUCAGGUCAUGCACUAUGCAAUGGUGUGCAUAAUCUUCGAUUAACUGUUCUCAAUGAAUGUGAACUACCGUUUAAUCAUGAUUUGGAAUCAUUAGAUUUACAAGAUUAUCAUUAUCAUCUUGGUCCUAGUGUUCCUGCCGCGCCACCGCCACCGCUACCGGCACCACCUCCUCCUCUCCAGAAUCAUCAUCAUCUUCCGCAAUAUCGUAGCAGUAGUAAUAAUAAUAAUAGUGUAUCUACUACUGGGAACAGACAGUUGAAAGAUGCCGACAAGAUGAAUUCAGCGCUGGAUUCUAAUCACAAUCUUAAUCCUGAGUAUAAUCCUGUGUAUAAACCUCAUUCGUUAAACUUCUUCCCCGAAGAUAUGCAAACUGCACAAGAAAAUCAAUUAUCUGAACGCAAUGAAGUAUUUUCUGUUCUGACUAGUCCACAACGUGAAACAAUGGCUGAAGAGUUGGCUGGAUUUCUUGCUGAAAAAAAGUUAUUUAUGCGUGAAAUAGUAAAAUGGGAUGAUUCAACUAAUGAUAUUAUAAUAUUGGCUAAAAAAAUGUGUAUCAUUAUGAUGGAGAUGACAGAUUUUAUACGUGGUAAAGGUCCUUUACGAUCUACGCUUGAUGUUAUUCAGGCAGCUCAAGAAAUUUCAGAACAUGGUAAACGUUUAGAUCGUCUUUGUCGUCAUAUUGCAGAGAUGUGUCCUGAUUCAGCUAGUCGACGAGAUCUAUCAGCCUAUCUACAACGUGUUACAUUUUACUGUCAUCAGUUGAGUAUUACAAGUCGAGUGAAAGCUGGUGUACAUUUGCUUAGUGAUGAAGUUUUUGAAAGUGCAACUUCAUUAAUUCAAGCUGCUAAAAAUCUUAUGACAUCAGUUGUAUUAACAGUAAAAGAAAGUUAUAUUGCAUCAACCAAAUAUCGUGGACCAAAUCAACGUUCUGUUGUCCAAUGGCAAAUGCGUACACCAGAAAAGAAAUCUCUUGUUUCAGAUUAUUAUAAAGACUCCUCAUAUGAUAGAGAUGAUCUAUUCGAUGAUAUAAAUUCACGUCAUCCAGAUGCAUUAAAUGAACUAUCUCAAUUCAAACAUCCACCAAAUGUGUAG